UUGAGAAGAACAGACACGUUUUCUCUAUGGGGACCUUAAGGAUGUCCCACAUGAGGAUGCUCAGAUGGGUUAUACUACUGACGGGGCUCCGGUCAACACAAGCAGAAUUUUCCCUUGAUGUUGCGGACUCGACCGAGUCAACAUACAGUUUAUGGUCAACAACAGCGCUCCCCACCACACCAAAUCUAUUGACAACAACAUUAGCUGAACCAGAUUUUGGUCAUCAAUCCACCAUCUGUAGCACAUGGGGAAAUUUCCACUUCAAGACAUUUGAUGGUCAUUUCUUUCAAACGGCUGACACGUGUAACUACGUUCUGGCCGUAAUGUGCGACACCGCUAUUUCCGAUUUUAACAUCCAAAUGCAAAGAAAGAUUGUGAAUGGCUCCGUCGCAUUCAACUUAAUCACAAUACAGCUGGAGGGAAUAGUCAUCAAACUCAGGGAUGGCAACAUUUUCAUGGACGACCAAGAGGUGUCUAUUCCGAUCAAUCAGAAUGGAAUUAAAAUCGAGGGAAGCUUAUCAAGUGCCAAGAUCUCCAGAUACGGUGUGACUGUCUUUUGGGAGGAAGCAGACCAGUCUGUAGUGAUUCAACUUGCUGAGAAGUACCGAGGCCAAACAUGUGGUCUCUGUGGAGACUUCAAUGGGAACAAGAGAAAUGAUAUCGAUCUCAUUGGUCCAGACAAAUGGAAGGUCUCUUUAUCAGCUGAAUCAUGUGAAAAAGUGACACUACAGCCCAACGAACAGUGUGACAGCCAGGCAAACAUUUGCAAGGAGUAUAUCCAGAGUGCAGGUUUCGACGACUGUCGCCGUGUGCUGGACAUGAGUUCGUUUGAGAAAGCCUGCGCAGACGAUCUGUGUCAAUGUAAAGGCAACCAGGAGUGCGUCUGCAACACGCUCACAGAAAUUUCACGACAGUGCGCACACGCUGGUGGCAAGCCGGGGACAUGGAGAACAGACCAACUCUGCCCAAAGAAAUGUCCGCUGAACAUGGAAUACAUGGAGUGUGGAGGUCCAUGCAAAAACACCUGCUCAGAUCCAGAUGGAAGCCUGUUGUGUACGGAUAACUGUGUAGAUGGCUGUUUCUGCCCGGACGGCACUGUUGAAGAUAUCACUGGCAACGGAGGGUGUGUUCUUAUAAGUAAUUGUCCAUGUGUGCACGAGGGCACAUUAUACCAGACAGGAGAGUCAUACGAACAUGCAUGUAAAUCAUGCGUUUGUGCUGCUGGAUACUGGACUUGUACGGAUCUAGAAUGUCCUGGAAUCUGCUCUGUUGUGGGAGGCUCUCACAUCACCACAUAUGAUGGAAAAACCUUCAGCUUUAAUGGCAACUGUGACUACAUCCUUACUAAGCACUCCAACGAUAGUAAUAUUGCUGUAAUUGGAAAUCUGGCAAAGUGUGAGCCAACCCGAGCAGACACAUGUCUAAAUUCAGUUUCGCUGAUCAUAUUGGGGAACAGAUUGACAACUAUACAAUUUUCGCCCAGUGGGACAGUCACACUAAAUGGAAUCGCUUCAAGUGGGUUUCCAAUCUUCACAGAGAAUGUUGACAUCUUCAAGCCCUCCUCUUCCUACAUUAUCGCUGAUACGAAGGGUCUUCGCCUAGAGAUCCAACUGACUCCAAUCAUGCAGUUGUAUAUUGCAGCCAGCGCUACAGAGAAAGGCAAAUUAAGUGGUCUGUGUGGGAACUAUAAUGACAUCCAAUCAGAUGAUUUCAAAACACAAUCAGGCCUCACAGAGGGAACACCAACAACUUUUGUCAACUUUUGGAAAAAAAACCCAUACAGUUGCACAGAUAUUGAAAACACGUUCGACAACCCCUGCAGUCUGAGUGUGGAAAGAGAAAAACUUGCAAAGGACUGGUGCUCCCGUCUCACAAACCCAAAUGGAACCUUCUCCUCGUGUCAUUCAGAAAUAAGUCCCGUGACUUACUAUCAAAGCUGCGUUUAUGACACCUGUAAGUGUGCUGAUAUCGGGAAGUGUAUGUGCGCCGCCCUCUCCUCCUACGCCCACGCCUGUGCCGCCAGAGGGGUCGUUAUCCAGGGAUGGAUGGAUUCAUAUCCCUGUGAAUCCAAGUGUUCAGACAACAUGAAGUAUGCCUACAACAUCACCAGCUGUCCCAACACCUGUCGCUCUCUCAGCGGGAUUGGUUACGCUUGCAAAGCAUCAUUCACACCUGUAGAUGGCUGUGUUUGUCUUGAGGGCACCUAUCUCAAUGAUGCAGGCACCUGUGUGCAAGGGGAGCAGUGCCCUUGUUUCCAUGACAGCCAGAUCAUUGUUCCUGAAGGGUCCGUCUACGUAGAUGGUGCUAAAUGCUUCUGCAGUUAUGGGAAACUGCACUGCUCCGGUCAAAAAGAAUGUGUGGCUCCAAUGGUCUUCGUCAACUGCUCGGGAAGCGAACAUGGAAAGAAAGGGACAGAGUGUCAAAGGACAUGUCAAAGUCAAGAUCUAAACAACUGUGUGAGCACUGGGUGUGUAUCAGGUUGUGUGUGCCCAGAUCACCUUCUUGCUGAUGGAAAGGGUGACUGUGUGGAGAUAGAUAAUUGCACUUGUACCCACGAUGGAUUAACUUAUUCACCUGGGGACCAGAUUCAAGAUGAAUGCAACAACUGCACAUGCAAGAGCGGGAUGUGGGCUUGUACGGAUAAGGAAUGUUAUGGCACCUGCACCAUCUAUGGGGAAGGUCAUUUCCAGACUUUCGACGGCAAGAGAUAUUCUUACCAUGGGGACUGUGAAUACAUCCUAGCACAUGAUCACUGCAAUAACGAACAGAGCCCAUAUGGGUUUCACCUUGUAACAGAGAAUAUUCCCUGUGGCAGCACCAGUUCUAUUUGCUCCAAAUCCAUCAAUCUUUUCUUCGGGAGAUACAAGGUGAUUUUAUCCGAAGCUGAUGCAGUCAAAGUUGUCGUAAGCAAUGGAACUGAUUACCAAUAUCAAAUCCAUACUGUGGGAGAACACAUAAUCGUAGAGGUCAGAAAGCUUUUAAACUUAAUCUGGGACAGAAAAACAAGUCUGAUGCUUCAGCUCCAUCCAAACUUAAAGGGCAAGGUUUGUGGACUGUGUGGAAACUUUGACGGUAACGCGAAUAACGACUUUGUGAAGCACGAUGGAGAAGAGGUCACAGAUGCGGUGGUGUUUGGAAAUAGCUGGAAAGUGACGUCCAGCUGCCCGGAAGUGAACAGCUUGAUGAAUCCUUGUGAGAAAAACCCACACCGGAGUGCCUGGGCCAUGAAACAGUGCAGCAUCAUUACAAGCAACGUAUUCACCGAUUGCCAUUCACAUGUGGAUUCUGCCCCAUACUAUGAUGCCUGUGUAAGAGACACCUGUGCGUGUGACACUGGUGGGGACUGCGAAUGUUUCUGUACCGCAGUGACUGCGUAUGCUGCUGAAUGCAGAAAAAAAGGAGCUUGUAUCGCAUGGCGUAGUCCAAACAUUUGUCCAUUAUUCUGUGAGUACUACAACAACCCACAGGGUGAAUGUGAGUGGCAUUAUAAAACCUGUGGUUCGACCUGCAUGAAAACAUGCGGAAACCCAUCGGGGACCUGCUCCAAUCAAAUUCCUCUCCUUGAAGGGUGUUUCCCUCAGUGCCCUUCAGAGAGGCCAUUUUUAAAAGAGGAAACCAGAAAAUGUGUUACAGAGCCAGAGUGUGCUCCUAAAUGUGAUUAUGAUGGAAAAGAGUUCAAGAUUGGAGAAACUGUUUACCACACCACAGAUGGGUAUGGCAUGUGUUUCAUUGCUGUGUGUGGACAAGAUGGAACAAUAAAUAGAACUAUUGAAACAUGCACCACAACAGCUCCACCAUUCACUUUUACUACUCCACCCCAACAAACUACAAUGCCCUUAACACAAGCAACAACACAACCUUCAACAGAAGCAAGAACACAACCACCAACGACUGCUGUAACUCCUGGUACACCUGGUCCAACACAACCCACAACACAGCCUUCAACAGAAGGAAAAACACGACCAUCAACGACAACUGAAACUAUUGAUACACUUCCAACACACGCUUCAACAGAAGCAACACCACAACCAUCAACGACUGCUGUAACUUCUGGUAUACUUCCAACACAACCCACUACACAACCUUCAACAGAAGCAACACCACAACCAUCAACGACCACUGAAACUACUGGCACACCUCCAACACAACCCACUGCACAACCUUCAACAGAAGCAACACCACAACCAUCAACGACAACUGAAACUACUGGUACACUUCCAACACAAGCUUCUACAGAAGCAACACAACAACCUUCAACGACUGCUGUAACUACUGGUACACGUCCAACACAACCCACUACACAGCCAUCAACAGAAGCAAGAACACAACUAUCAACGACCACUGAAACUACUGGUACACUUCCAACACAACCUUCAACAGAAGCAACACAACAACCAUCAACGACUGCUGUAACUACUGCCAUCAACGACUGCUGUAACUACUGCUUCAACAGAAGCAACACAACAACCAUCAACGACUGCUGUAACUACUGGUACACCUCCAACACAACCCACGUCACAACCUUCAACAGAAGCAACACCACAACCAUCAACGACCACAGAAACUACUGCUUCAACAGAAGCAACACAACAACCAUCAACGACUGCUGUAACUACUGGUACACCUCCCAAACAACGCACUGCACAACCUUCAACAGAAGCAGCACCACAACCAUCAACAACCACUGGGACUACUGGUACACCUCCAACACAACCCACUUCACAAACUUCAACAGAAGCAACACAACAACGAUCAACAUCCGCUGUAACUACGGCUACACCUCGAACACAACCCACUGCACAACCUUCAACAGAAGCAACACCACAACCAUCGACGACCACUGCGACUACUGCUUCAACAGAAGCAACACAACAACCAUCAACGACUGCUGUAACUACUGGUACACCUCCCACACAACCCACUGCACAACCUUCAACAGAAGCAGCACCACAACCAUCAACAACCACUGGGACUACUGGUACACCUCCAACACAACCCACUUCACAAACUUCAACAGAAGCAACACAACAACCAUCAACAUCCGCUGUAACUACUGCUACACCUCGAACACAACCCACUGCACAACCUUCAACAGAAGCAACACCACAACCAUCAACGACCACUGCGACUACUGGUACGCCUCCAACUCAACCCACUGCACAACCUUCAACAGAAGCAACACCACAACCAUCAACGACCGCUGUAACUACAGAAGCAACACAACAACCAUCAACAUCCGCUGUAACUACUGCUACACCUCGAACACAACCCACUGCACAACCUUCAACAGAAGCAACACCACAACCAUCAACGACCACUGCGACUACUGGUACGCCUCCAACUCAACCCACUGCACAACCUUCAACAGAAGCAACACCACAACCAUCAACGACCGCUGUAACUACAGCUUCAACAGAAGCAACACAACAACCAUCAACGACUGCUGUAACUACUGGUACACCUCCCACACAACCCACUGCACAACCUUCAACAGAAGCAGCACCACAACCAUCAACAACCACUGGGACUACUGGUACACCUCCAACACAACCCACUUCACAAACUUCAACAGAAGCAACACAACAAUCAUCAACGACUGCUGUAACUACUGGUACACCUCCAACACAACCCACUGCACAACCUUCAACAGAAAAGCAACACCACAACCAUCAACGACCGCUGUAACUACUGCUACACCUCCAACACAGGCCACUUCACAACCUUCAACAGAAGCAACACCACAACCUUCAACGACCGCUACUGGUACACCUCCAACACAACCCACUGCACAACCUUCAACAGAAGCAACACCACAACCAUCAACGACCACUGAAACUACUGGUACAACUCCAACACAAGCUUCAACAGAAGCAACACAACAACCAUCACCGACUGCUGUAACUACUGGUACACCUCCAACACAACCCACUGCACAACCUUCAACAGAAGCAACACCACAACCAUCAACGACCACUGUAACUUCUGGUACAUUUCCAACACAACCCACUACACAGCCUUCAACAGAAGCAACAACACAACCAUCAACAACCACUGAAACUACUGGUACACUUCCAACCCAACCCACUAAAAAGCCUUCAACAGAAGCAACCACACAACCAUCAACGACCGCUGUAACUACUGGUACACAUCCAACGCAACCCAUAACACAACCUUCAACGGAGUUUACAGUGCAAACAGAAUCAAUUAGAACAGAAACUCAUGCCACUUUACCACAAGUGAAUGUUACAACAUGUUCUUGCACAUAUUUAAAUCAAACGUUUGCACCAGGGUCUGUCAUUUACAACCAAACUGACAAAGCAGACUGGUGUUACUUUGCUUACUGCAGCUCUAGCUGUACUACUCAAGUAACUAAGAAACCGUGUCAUCAAACCACUACAGUUCCACUUUCUACAGUUGCCAGAGAUUGUACUGAUGUCAAUCGAAAGAAUGGAGAAUCAUGGACUGAUGAAUGUAGCACGAAAACAUGCAUAGAUGGCCAUGUAACGUCAACCCUUGUACAGUGUGAUCCAAAUGACGCCCAAAUACCUACAUGUGCCAAUGGACUUACACCUGAGAAGGUUUAUUAUAACAAUAACUGCUGCUACAAAUAUGAGUGUCCAUGUAAAUGCAGUGGCUGGGGUGAUCCUCAUUACAAAACUUUUGACGGAAAAUAUUACACUUUCCAAGGGAACUGUUCCUACGUAUUGGUCCGAGAAAUCGUUCCUAAACAUGACAUCAGUGUCCAUGUUAAGAACUAUUACUGUAACAAUACAAAUAAUUUUGCUUGCCCUGAGUAUGUGGUGGUGAAUUACAAAUCCUAUAAAGUCAAGAUGACUAGCGACAGCGAACAGAUUCAGGUCUUUGUCAAUGAUGUUAUGAAGCUCCCAACCUUCAUGAAUGAAGCCUUCAUCAUCACCUCCUCUGGCAUGGCAGCGACUUUAACCAUCCCUGAAAUCAAAGCUGAGAUAUUAGUUAAUCAUCAUGGCUUUGAGAUCAAACUUCCAUUUUCCAACUUUAACGCUAAUACAGAGGGACAAUGUGGGGUCUGUGACAACGACCAAACAAAUGACUGCAGACGUCCUGAUGGAAAAACUGACGAAUCAUGCGAGCAUAUGGCACAACUUUGGGCAGCCACCCCAGAAUGUCAAAACUCCCCACAAAAGCCACCUGUAGCCCCACCAACCUGUACAGCAGAAGCCUGUGAGCUCAUCAAAAGCGAUUUGUUCAAUAAGUGCCAUGAAGUCGUUCCAUAUCAAAGCUUUUAUGAGGCAUGUAAAUAUGACGUGUGCAACAAGAAAACUCCAUCGUUAGUCUGCGCCAGUCUGGAGGCCUACUCACGGCAGUGUGGUGAGGCAUCCGUCUGUGUCGACUGGAGAAACGCAACUGAACUCAACGGGCUCUGUGACAACAAGUGCUCCAAUAACAAAGUGUACAAAGCAUGUGGGCCUAAAGUGGAAAAAACUUGCAGUUCAAGAUACAAUGAAAUGUUUGUGGACACAGAGUGUCUAAAGAAUGAAACAAGGUUUACAGAAGGCUGUUUCUGCCCGGAUAACACCUAUCUAUUUAGUUCAAUGUCAGAUACAUGUACAGCUAACUGCGAUUGCGUUGGCCCUGAUGGAUUACCUAGACAGCCCGGAGAUACAUGGACCAUUGGCUGUACAACGUAUAAAUGUUCUGAUGAGAGCUUUGGUGUUGUGAAAGAGCCUGUUAUAUGUCCAAGUAUAGAGCCAUGUGGUGAAGAAUACAAAACAACUUUGAGCAACUGCUGUCCAACUUGUGAAUGCAAUGUCGAGCUGUGUCUUAGCAAGAAAUGUGAUGUGGGAUACGAGUUCGCAACAAAUGCAUCUGGGGAGGGUUGCUGUCCAGCCUGUGUUCCCAAAGAUGUCUGCGUGUACAAUGGCAAUGAGUACAAACCUGGCGUUAAAAUCCCCUCAGAUCCAUGCACCCAAUGCAGAUGUGAAAUGGAAAGAGACCCAGAGACUAACCUACAUGUUGUGCAAUGUUUCUCAAUGAUGUGUGAACCUUGUGGUCAGGGUUUUGAAGAGGUGAGGGUGGAAGGAGAGUGUUGCCCAACAUGUAAGCCAUCGGGAUGCAUCUACCAAUCCAACAGCACCUUACAAAUUCUCAAGGUCGGAGAAGUGCACAGAUCCGCAUGCGAGACGUUGACCUGCCAUGUAGUCGAUGGGUCAUUUUUAAUAGAAAAGACAACAAAACAAUGCCCUGAAUUCAAUUCAGAUGACUGUUUGCCCGGGACUGAGAGAUUGGAUGCAGAUGGAUGUUGUCAAAUCUGUGAUCACAACGACUGCAACCUCCUAAAGAAUACCACUCAUGUGAACGUAAAUGACUGCACAUCCAUCGAUCCUAUAGAAGUGACGUCCUGCAGUGGCCACUGUGACACCCUAUCAAUGUAUUCAAUGGAGGCAAACAAAAUGAUGCACAGCUGUUCUUGUUGUCGGGAGUUGAAAACCAGCACGAAACAAGUGAAGCUGAAGUGUUCUGAUAACAGCGAGAUCACGCAUGACUACGUCUACAUUGACAGCUGUCAAUGCGAGCUGACCAAAUGUCAGGACUGAAGACUGGACAGCAGCUAAAUUCAACCUCUACUUAACCUUGCUUUGAUUGAAUGUGACUAUUGCAAUUUAAAAAAUAUUUGCAAGAUUGAAAGAUAAUGGUGAAUGAAUUAAAAAUCUUCCCGCUUUUAUACUUAUGGCAAAGUUCAUUGUAAUCACUUUAAUGUUUCUCUUCAAUAAUCUUGGUUCUUCUAUAAAAAUAAUAAAAUGACAUAUAGAAUAGUUGAUUUCAAUGCUUAACACA